AUGUUUAAUAGUAAAGAAACUGCCGAAGUUCUUAUUUCACAUGGUGCGAAUAUCAAUGAAAAAGAUGGAAAUGGAAAUACCGCACUUCAUAUUGCAGCAACAUAUAAUAGUAAAGAAACUGCAAAAGUUCUUAUUUCACAUGGUGCCAAAAAAUAA